UAGUCCGCUUUCCCAUUUCUUUGUAAGAAAAACCCAAAUUCUUGUACUACUAAAAAUCAACAAUACUUCCUUCUUUUUCUUCAAUUUUUCUUCUCCAAAAUCAUGGAAAAUCUUCAACAAUCCGAAGAACCAAUAUACUGCGCUAAUGGCUGCGAAUUUUUCGCAACAGCAGCAACUAUGAAUUUGUGUUCGAAAUGUUACGGAGAUCUCCAACUUAGAGAAAUUCAGGUUAAAUCGGCUGUAGCUGCUAUCGGAAGGUCGAUGAGUACGACUUCGCCGCAAAAGCUAGAAUUAGUGAAUCAAAAAUCUGAGCAAAAAUCUGCUGAGAUCUCAGCAGUUUCAGAGGUCGCGUGUGGGAAGAAGGCGGCCAAUAAAUGUGGAUGUUGUCAUAAAAGAGUUGGAAUUGUUUCGUUUAAGUGUAGAUGUGGAAUCACUUUUUGUGGAUCUCAUAGAUAUCCUGAAACACAUAAUUGUAGCUUUGACUAUAAAUCUCCUGGUAGAGACGCCAUAGCUAAAGCUAAUCCUGUUGUUGUAGCUGAUAAGUUGAAUAGAUGUUAAUUGAAAUAUGUAUUCAGAAAUUUCUGACUUCAAGUUUGUAUUAUAAAACUAUUUUCAAUUAUGAAACUGUUUUUUGAAGUAUUAUAAAUUUUUAAACUAAAUUCCUAUUA